CUCUUGAAGGCAUGCCUACCAAUUUUCAAAAUGGCGUCUGUAUCGCGCUGUCGUUCUUCACUGGUUUCUCUGCGGAAAUCUGCGAGUUUAAUAACGAGAAAAUCGAAGAACUGCUUAGCUCAGACGGCUCAAUGUGGUAGGACGAUAUGCAGCCCUGCUUCUUUACAGCAGACGAGUAAAACUAGCAUUGUCCAGGCUGUUACAAAAAGAUUCAGUUCCCAAGUGUCAAGAAAUUUCCAAGAAAAAUUUCCUCCUGUCCUGGGCUGCAAUGUGCUAUCUCUAGUGGUCAUGGAGAACCUAAUUACAUCAAGUGAAUUGGAGGAAAGUGCAGAAGGAGAAGAUGAGGCCACGAGUGGAAGAAAACGCAUAAGGCUAUGGGACUUCCUAGAUGACAAUCCCUAGUUGACUCUUAUUUAAGUGACAAUAGUCCACAUAUUGACAGAUCAGCAGCAUGAAUAUUCGACCUUUUAUGACUUUUUUUAACUAAUAAGAUCAUGAGUUGCAAAAACAUCAUGCAAUGGUUUGUUCCUUGGCAUUACAAUGCUUAAGGUAAAAGAAAAGGUUCCCCAAGUGUGCAUGGAAAAUAAAUUUCACAGAAUAUCACUUACAUCAGCUUAUUUUUACCUUUUUCAGCCAGUUGUUAGUACAGCUAAAGCUCUCGUUGCAACCACUCUUGCAAGCAACCCAGUUCUACUUAUAACCUCUUUUUGUAAAACCCUUACUGUUACUCAAAUUCUGUAAUUGAAAGCUGUCAUAAGUGACUGCUCCCAUAAAUGAAUGCAACGACUUCUUAAAAUUACCAUUGGUCUUUUUCUUUGUCGUUUAAGCUCUCAUAACUGACUACUCAAAGAUUCUGACUCAUAUUACUACUUGAACUUUGAUACACUGUAACUACUUGAUCACUUUGAUCAUAAAUUUGUUGUUAAAGAUCUCAAAUUCACAGUUCAAGGUGAUAUAUACUGUUGAGGAAGGAGUGUUACCCUGAAAGCAAGGUUGAAAUCUUUAUGCUAAAAGCCCUAGGAAAGUGACCAACCUCUAAUGGCUAUGUGGUUGCUUACGAGUGUGCCUCGUAAGCCACCAGCUCUCAUUACGGCCACUCCUCUCUGCUCAACAAGAGACCAAAAAAGAGGCUCUCCUUGCAGCCUGUUAUGAGAGCUUCAACUGGAGAUAGCUUGAUUUUAAUCUUUCUUACUUGACUAUCACUGUACCAUUUUGAUGCUCUUGUAUUCUUAAUUUGAGGUUUCCUUUAAGAUACAUAUAAUAAAGACUGUUGCUUAAAGUUGA